AUGCCUCGGAGAAUUCAUACUUCGAAAAGACAAAGCGGGUUUCAACAGAGAAAAGCCAAAAAGGCUAAAAUGGAUCAAAUUCAGAGCGUGUCUGGAUCUCUUUUCAAAUCUGUCACAAAGGCAGAUAGUGGCCAAAGUUCAAGUAAUGUACCCGAGUCUCCUGCUGACGAAAGUAAUGAUUCACAUCUUGAAGACUCACAUUCAGAUAGCAACAGCGACAAUACGGAAUCAUUGAAGACAGCUCAUAUCCUGGACGGAACCAAAUCAAAUAAUGAAAAUGACACCGUUAAUGCUAUUUUUGGAGACAGCAUUAGCUUCGAAGAAUCAGUGAAACACUUGAGGGAUGUUUCACAAUCAAUUUACCGGUUCCCAAUAAAAAAGGGCAGUGACCAUUUCCAGAACAGACAAGGACCGUUCCCUACUGUAUUUCGUCUGGUUCAAAGAUUAAAGCAUCUUUCACAGAAACAAAUAUAA